UGCUUCUGGGUUCCAUUGUGUGGAACAGGUUUGUUGAGUGUCUAUGUUAAUGACCCUGGGUCUCUAGAUGUGCCUGAGAGACCAGAGAAAAAAGGUUGUUGUUUACCCAUGAAAACACACACUCACACAUAUGUACAUAUGUGUAUCCCGGGCUCUUUACUAGAGUAAAGAGCCUGCAUUGUUAAUGUUUCAUAUGAAGGCUUAUAGUUUGUUAUGUGUGUGCUGUAGGCCUACUCACACCUCAGUGUCCAGGUGAAUGUUAGGUGUGCUGUACUCACACCUCAGUGUCCAGGUGAAUGUCAGGACAGGGCCAUUUCUCAUCUCAAGUCUCAAGUGUCUGUUUAUUUGUGUGUUUGUUUGUUUGUUUGUUUAUGGUUUAGACUUAAAGCAUGUCUAAAUGUCGGGCUAGAUGCUGCUGUAGAAGUUUCAUGAUGUGUGUAUAUUGUGUGUGGAGUGUUGUGGGGUGCAUGUUUCGCAUGUACUCAUGUACUCAUGUUUUGUAACUGCUGCAAAUAGAGAAAAGAAAAACAAUAAUUAUUCAGCAGACAAAGUCUCAAUAUAAACAUGCCCAAAAGCACACACACAGAGAGAGAGGUUUUACUUUUAUGCGUUGACAUCAUUUUGAAUAAAGUUGUUUAAUGUAUGUGUGUGUGUAUGCGACAAGAUAAAAAAGCUGUUGACAUUGGAGAUGGGAAUUUGUGAAAGUGUGUGUGGGAGUUUGAGGGUAGGAAAUGGUGGGAAGUGUAUUUGUGUGUGUGUGUGUGUGUGUGUGUGUGUGUUGGAGGAGGUACUGGUUGGGGGAGGUACUGGUUGAACAAGGUAGUGUGUUUGUAAGUGUGUGUGUGUUGGGGGAGGAACUGGUUGAACAAUGUAGUGUGUUUGUAAGUGUGUGUGUGUGUGUGUGCGUAUGCAUGAGGGGGUGGGGAGAGAAGGAGGAGUGUGAACACACACAGUAUAAAUCCACAGUCUUAUACCUCUAAUUCAGUACCUGUGUGUGUGUGUGUGUGAAAGAGAGAGAGACAGAGAGAGAGACUAUGGCUGCGGUGCUGACUGAACUGGGCUGCUGGAGUCACUCAUGGGGCAGAGGCAUCCAUGUCCACCAGCAGCGGAUCUACAACCCUCUCAUGGACGGCUUGUGGUCUGAUUGGACUCCUCUACAUGAAGCUGCAUUACAGGGCAGAUUGCUACUGCUGAGGAGAUUACUUUCUCAGGGGUUCAGUGUGUGUGUGAGCACAGUUAAUGGUGUGACUCCACUACAUGAAGCCUGUGCUGGUGGCCAUUUCAGCUGUGCCAAAACCUUGCUAGAGUAUGGAGCCGAUGCGAAUGCCGUGACCAUUGACGGAGCCACUCCUCUGUUAAAUGCCUGCUGCAGUGGAAGCCCCGCCCUGGUCAACCUCAUUCUGAAACAAAACUCCGCCCACCACCCUGCUCACAGCUUGGCUUCACCUAUUCAUGAGGCAGCAAAGAGAGGACACGUGGCCUGUGUGGAGCUGCUACUGGCCCAUGGGGUGGAUGCUGACCUGGAGCUGGACACUGGAACUCCACUCUACUCUGCCUGCGAAGCGCAGAGAACCGACUGCGUACACACACUGCUGCUGCUAGGUGCUGAUGUGAAUCGUGGGCGUGGCCUGGACACUCCCCUGCAUGCUGCAGCCCGAGUGGGCGGAGUCAGAGAGGUGUCGCUGCUGCUUCAGCACGGGGCUGAUGGGAAUUGUAGGAACUCAGAGGGGAAGAGAGCCGUGGAGCUGACCCAGCAGCACAGCCCAGAGAGGCUGCUCCUGCAGGCCACAGGUCCCUGCUCUCUCUCCCAGCUCUCCAGGCUGUGUAUCCGCCGGUCGCUAGGGCAACACAGACUCAGCAAGACACACACACUCUACCUGCCACACACUCUUCACAAUUACCUGCUCUACAGAUAACACACACACACACAGACACACACUCUUCACAAUUACCUGCUCUACAGAUACACACACACACACACCACCAGAUGCAAUGGAACUGCCUACACCGGAUGUGUGUGAGAGAGCACACAUCCAGAAAAAAAAUAUUACGCUCUGUGAAUAGAACACUGCAGCUGUGCAUCCAGCAUAGCCCAGUGGUAACCAACACACACACACACACACACACACACACAUACAAACAGCCCCUCCACCACACACACACACACACACAUCAUAUACAAACAGCCCC